CGGUGCAAGAAACCAUGAGGGGCAAUUCCUCCAGACGCCGAUGCCCGCCGAGUCGUUGAAUCGAGGCGGCAAGGGCCCACAAGUCCUCCACGGCCGAGGCCCAAAAUAAAUAAAAGGAAAGAACCAUGGACUGGAACGCCACGCCAACCACAGAUGGCUCGCCCUGGGAAGUCGCCGGCGAACUGGUCGAGCCCAACGCCUGGACCAGUCCCGUUCAAGUGGCCCUAGCAGCUCUGCUGGUCUUCCUCCUCUCUCCCGUCGUCCUCUGCAGCAACGCCCUUCUCCUCCUCUCCAUGUACCGCUUCAAGAGACUCCGAACUCCCAGCAACCUUUUCCUGGUCGCUCUCUUCAGCGCCGACUUCGGCAUCGGUCUCCUACUUCCGCCGGGACUCUACUUCGAGUUCUCCCGACCCGGAAUCCGCUGCUCGGCACUCUGUCUUCUCCCCUACUGCCUGUUCGUGCAGUUCAGCGGCGUGGCCAUGCUCAGCUCGGCGGCCGUGGCCCUAGACCGCUGCACUUCCCUGGCCCUGCCGCUCACUUACAACAACCUCAUCACCCACCGGACCGCCGGACGCACUGUCCUGGCCAUCUGGGCCUACGCCAUCCUGGUCUCCGGCACGCCUCUCCUCACCCUGCCGCCGCUCAAGUCGCCGUGCAGCUUCAAGCUCGUGUCGAUCCCCGUCCGCGUCUUCCUCCUGUGCGCCCUCUACCUGCCGUGUCUCGCCGUGAUGACCAGCAGCUACGUGUACGUCUACGUCGUGGCCCGGAGACACGCCAGAGCCAUCUACUCGGUCGAGGGCAACCUGCGGACGGCGCUGCCUCCCGACCGCCACUACGGCUGGACUCUGACCCUGACCGUGGCCACGUUCGCGAUGCUCUGGACGCCCGCGGUCACGUUCAUGGUCCUGGAGGCGGCCUCCGAAGAACCGUACGACCAGAAGACCACCUUCUACCUGGGUCUCGGGGGUCUAGGAGCCAGCGCGGUGGACCCGCUCCUGUACGGCUUCCGGAACUCCGAGUUCCGGGCCGCCCUUCUGCGCAUGCUCAAGGAACUGCUACCUCGGAUGUCCGCCGACUUCCUGGGGGAGAGUCCCAGCGCGCUCCAUCGUAGUCGGUGUGGUACGGCGUCGACGCUGAGGCCCGCCGGUGCGAGCACGACGUUGCCGCCGCUCGAGACGGACUGCUCGGCGUGCACCAGGACACUGAUCAUGAUGGAUCUGAGGCCUGUCAGUUACGUGUGAAAAAAAGUGAACGUCUCAUUCCGCGUCAAACUUGUGUGAAGUGCGUGACUGUUUGAGACACACCUUCUGGACCCACAAAGCCUGCACGCCCUAAGCUGAGGCAUGACUUGUUCAGCGUUACGCAUUUCAAACUUCCCAGUGGACAUAAACGUGAAUGAGGUGAAACGCGGAAACUGGAAUGACGUGUUCGUGAAAACCAUACGAUUCGACUUAGUGUACUAUGUUCUUGAAUGAUUUAGGCCGACGGUUUAGAGUGUAACUUAGUCACGCAACAGUAAUUGUUAUCAGUAUUACGUGCGUUUCCUUUCUUUAACACGGCGCUUCCGGCACUUCACUGUCAGGAGCGCUAUGCGGUGCCAAGACUCGCAUGGUAUUCCUACUAGAUUAGAUCAUGAGGUUUUUUAACGCCUCGUAGCUGCACGGUAGGCCAUCCAUAGAGGUGAGCUCCUAAAUAAUUUUGACCACUUGUGGUUCAUUAACAUGCGCCCAAAGCACUGUACGUGAGCCUUUUCUUAUUAUUUCGUACAAAUCCGAACACGGAAGCCUCAGCCGGGAAGUCGAAACCGUGAUAUCGUGCUCAGCAGCGCGAUGGUACAGCCGCUGAUGCACCACUCUGCGGUUGCAUUCCUUAAAGUGCUGGGCGCGCCGCGUUAAAGGAAACGCAUAAAAAUUUUACACCGAUAAUUAUUGCGUGGCUUCGAAGCUAAACGCUCAUAUGUGCAGAUUUGUAGUGCAUAGUCAUUUCUAACCUGCAGAUGCAUCCUACAAGUUUUCAGCGAAUCUCGAAUAUGCCGUCGACUUCUUGCAGUAGUAUGAGUGAGCCAUGUUUCUGACACGGGGUUCUAUACGGAUCGUAUGGUUUUCGCGCAUAUGCGCAUUCCAGUUAAAAAAGCACUGCCGCAUAGUUACCUAUGGAAUUCGCCUGUUUUUUUUUUUUUUCAGAAGAUUAUUGUUGUCAACAUGAUUUCAAAGAAAACCUUGCCACUUUUAUCUGGCACUGGCUACUCCUCGUCGUGUGGCAAAAAAAAAACGCAAUCACAAAAUCUAUAGAAAAAAAAACACUGCGUUCAGCCUAUACGCGUGAAGUCAGGGCUUCGGGAAUGCAGGCCUCGUGGAUGUCCGGGUAGCAAGCGUACGUGUUUAUGCCCUGUGAAGACCUAUGCUGCCUUUGUCUUGUAGUCGUCGUUGCUGUCCGAGCACAAGAACUCUGAACGACCAAACUGCGCUGUGGCUCGCUUGGAGCGUCGAUCGCAAGAUCACACUUGGUUGUGAGCGUGCAAUGAACUCAAAGAGAGCACGCGGUGUGACACUGGACUCACUCGAUGUUUGAUGAGUGAAUGAAUGCUGUUAGUGCCAGAUGCGUUCAAUUGAGGUGUCAGUCCGAAUACGCACGUGACUAUCUGCGCACGUCAGUGAAUAUGAAACCUUUUUAGCGUGUACAUAUUUCGUCAUUUAACUUUCAUUUGCAUAGAGAGGGGGGGGGAGGUGUCAGCUGGAAGCCAAAGGAAGCAGAAUGAGAAUGAUGCGAUACAGAAAGUAGCCAGAGCAAGGAUCCAAUGUUCUUGUAAGUGCUCUACGUUGCCUGAAUGAAGAGAAACUAUGACACUGUCUGGUUUUUAACAAUCACGUGCAAUAUUAGAAAACACUGAUCAUAGGCACCGCAAGACUAGGCAGUUUUAUUUUCUGACGCUUUGCGGUAUGCCAGAACAAGGGGACGCACACAUUAGCGGCAGCGCUGGUGCCACCAUCUUGUGACGUUGCCGUUAACUGGAGUACACAUAACUAUAAUUGCAAAGACUAUGCUUUACUUAUGUUUUGAUAAAAAGACGUGAGUCGCAAAAUCAUUACUGUGCAGUGGAUUUCCUCCCCUUCUGCAAGAGCAUCUUACGCAACACAAAACCAUUUAAAAAGCAUUGUUGUUGAAAAAGCUGUCACAAGAUGGCGCCACGAGCUCCGCUACUGUCACUGACGUCACCGGUGUCCCUGCAUUCCGUGAACAGCAAUGCAUUUGCUAGCGGUAUAAAACUGUAUAUUGACUCCGGCAUUGCCCUGACUGGGUUUCGUGGCUUGGAUGCUAAUGUA